UGCUCACCUGGUGUUAGUUUCUCACAGAGACAUACAGGUGAGCACACCUUUGCUUUCGCUUGUUUUUUCUCCCUCCUCCUUGAUAAUGUUGUUUAGUUGGCAUGAAUGAGGAGAUUCACUGUCCUUAGUUAAUCGUUGGCACUCUGAAACCCACUGGAGUUACUCUGAAGUGUUUUGGAAGUUUGCUGGUGGAUUUAAUCAGGCUGUCACAGUGUUUACCUUUACUGAAAAGUGUGGGAGCCUUCUGCCACAGUCAUGCUGGAGUCUCGUCUGUCCCAGCUCUCCUCUUUAAAAGAUGACUUUAAGAUGGACGAUUAUGUGCAGCCGCACUACCGGGAGGCGUACAGGCUGGCCAUCGACGCCCUCGUCAGCGGCGGACAGGACGCCUACCGGGAUGUCCUCAAGGUCGAGAAGGUCGGCGCCUUCCUCUCAGAGGCCGAGCUCCUCUUCAUCGCCCACAGCACGGAGCGACCCGCAGAGAGCUACCACUCGGGGGAGGUUGACGGCUCGCCGGAUAGCAAGUCCUCGUCCGGCACAUACUGGCCCACGCACUCGGAUGUGGCGACCCCCAACCUAGAGCUAGGCUGGCCCAACUUUGUCAACGACAGGAUCCAGACCAAGGUGGAGCUUCUGUUUCACCCACCCAGACAAAGCAGCCCCACCAUAAAGGAGGUGAUUCGGAAACACAUCCAGGACGCGCAGGAGGUCGUUGCCAUUGCUAUGGAUGUCUUCACUGACGUGGAUAUAUUCAGGGAAAUAGUGGAUGCCUCUGUUAGAGGAGUCUCUGUCUAUGUCCUCCUGGAUCACUCUCAGUUCAAAAGUUUCCUCACCAUGGCGGAGAGUCAAGACAUUCAAAUAACCAAGCUGACGAACAUGCGGGUCAGAACUGUAAAAGGACAAGACUAUCUCUGUCGCACAGGGGCAACGUUUCAUGGGAGCAUGGAACAGAGGUUUCUGUUGGUAGACUGCAGGACUGUGUUUUUUGGAUCCUACAGCUUGAUGUGGUCCUAUGAGAAGAUCAACCUGAGCAUGGUUCAGGUCAUAACUGGCCAUCUGGUGGCAUCGUACGAUGAGGAGUUUCGAACUCUCUAUGCUCGCUCCAUUGUCCCUCCGGAGCUGGCGCCUCUCGACAGCCUGGUGAAUGGGAAGAGCCUGGGUGGCAAAGUGGAGACCUGCGGGCCACAGUCCUUUGAGAGGAAGCACCAACUGCGUCACACCCUCAACACCGUCUACAGGCAAGCCUGCGAGAGGAGAGGCUUUGGGAGCCACAUGGCAGGCAUCGGGGAACAACCGCCCAAUCAUGAGCCGUUCGGUCACGAGCGAAAGAUGCAUAAUCCCCAGGCUGUUGAUACAUCAACGAUGGACGCCAUGAGUUUCCUGAAAAGGCACAGCUACGCUGGAGAAAGACAGGAGGGCACCUACACUCCUUCCUACAUGAGACAUGGAGCCAGCAACUGGAAUGUGGCAGCGAACAGUAAAGGUUACGGUGGUCACGUGAGACACCUCCCUGGUGGUUACAACGACCCGCAUCACGCACCACCGAUGGACCAGGUCCACCGCGGCACCAACAUACGCCAGUCUUACCACGGCGGUGGAAAACAAUUAAUGAACAUGCAGCAGAAUAUGCCCAGUUUAGAGCAGGUGUCCAAGUCAUUCAUGCGUGAUUGGAGGGUCGAGUCCUACCUAAAUAACAGUGAUGCCGCCGUCAUGGAGAACCAUGAAUACCUGGACCAAUAUGACUUACCUGAGAAUAGGCCUUCUUUGCAUCUGCACUCUCGCCUGAGGUCUUCAAUUGUUUUAAAGUCAGUCAUUCCUGAACAAAUAGAAAACGGUUACACAGAUGCCUCUUCAAGUUCCAUACGAUACAGGGACCAGAGUGUCUUGGCACCCAGUAAAUACACACAGCCAAUCCCCUCGUGGAAUCAUAAUGAACCAGUGGACUACAGAGCAAUGCACAGUGAUUUCAACCUGAAAAGACGCAGUCUGCAAAUACUCGAUGAGCCGAAGCACCCUGGGACUGGUAACACUUUGGAGAGAGACUAUUUACAUUCUUGCGUCACUCUAGGUAGAGUGAGAGGGAGAAUGGCACGCCAGGACCUGGAUGCCCAGCAGGAAAAUGAAUUGAAGAGGCACAGUGUGGCUGAUCCAAAGUCCAACACAUAUGCUGGACACAGAGAAAUGACCAGCCCUAUGUUUGGUUCUCUGAGGAGAGUGCAUGAGGAGCGAAGCACUGCUAGAGAAAACGUGGCAAGCAGGGUUAGCAGGCUGAGUGAGGAUCAAAGAUCUGUCUCACAUUGCGAUUUCAACGGGUCUGCCCAGAGCAAAGCUUUGUCCGAGUCUACGUGGACAGAGGCCCCUUCCAGGACCUCCUCCGCCACCCUGCUGGCACUGCGAGACAGAAAGCAAGAAAGAGCCAAGCCCAGUGGCAUCGGCUCACCGCAGUUCCUUAAAAAGAGCUCCAGGAAAAUCAAAUCGCUCCUCAACAUAGCAGAUAAGAAAGAGGGCUCUCCCAAGAGCAAGUUCAGACUGCUCCCUAAAGCAGCGGGAGGCAGCUCUGACACCAUAGUCUCUGAAGACGACCAGCAGGUCAGUAUUGAUGACACAGCUGGGUCAGCAAUGUUCACAGGGGGGUCCGGCUGCUGGAGGUCUCACAGCAAACUCCACGACAGAGACAUCCUGAACAACAUGGGCAAAUCAUCGGCACCCCGUUUCAGCACAGAGGGCAUCGACCAGAGCUCAGAUGACAAUGUGCAAAGACCACCAAGCCAGCAAUCUAGUGCCCCGAGCGUGAGGUCAAGUGCCACCGCCAGAGAGCCCCGCCGCUGGGAUCAGUAUGGAGAGAACAGACGGCGCUUCGAGUCCUCUAACGCACCAACAGGCUACAAGGCGCCAGCAGGCUACAGUCAGCGAAAUGAAACAAGCGCAAGCAACCAAGCCAAUGAUCGACACAGGGGUUUGACCGCAACCAAAAAGGACCAUACUGACCGGACAAACUACUCAGACCAUAAUACUCACUCCAGCCAUGACAAUAAACUGGGACGCCUGUUCCAGCGAGUUGGCAAUUUAAUCCAUAAAAAGACAUAAACAGGCUGUGAUGGUGUGGGUGGGUGGUCGGGGGCAUUGUUAAAUGCUGAUGUGUUAUACUUGAACAUUUUCUUUGCUUGUCGGGUCUCCCAGCUCUUUUUGAUGAGAGUGCAAUAGUUGUUGGUGUUCUCUGUUCUACCAGAAAGACUCAGUAGACAGUAUAGAAUCAGUUAACCAUUUAAUUAGUAAAGGAAUGGCUUGGAUACAAGCAAGAUAAAGAGUCCUGAAUAGGUAACAGUCUUUGGCGUAGGCCCCGUCUCGGAUCUGUCCAGCGAUGAGCGGAUCUCGUCUC